UCUAUCUAAGUCAACUGGACUUAUCAUUCACAUGUAUAUUUAUUUAUAUAGUCAAGCCAAGAAAGAGGAUUAGAGUAAUCUCUCUCUCUCUCUCUCUCUCUCUAUAUAUAUAUAUAUAUAUAAGGUGUUUGUGAGGAAGAAGAAAGGGGGGUUUCCUGUUUGGAAGAGAAAAUGGCAGGUGGGUCAUUUGGACCAUCAGGUGUCUCAAAAGAGAGAGCUGGGCAAUACCAAGGCAGGGUCACCGCCUAUGUCGUCAUUUCUUGUAUUGUCGCCGCCACCGGCGGCUCCAUCUUCGGCUACGACAUCGGAAUUUCUGGAGGGGUGACAUCAAUGAAUGGAUUCCUUGAGAAAUUCUUCCCAGUAGUGUACAAGAACAAAAUGCAUGCUCAUGAAAACAACUACUGCAAGUACAACAACCAAGGCCUAGCUGCAUUCACAUCUUCCCUCUAUCUUGCUGGUCUGGUGGCAUCACUCGUGGCAUCUCCUGUUACACGAAAGUACGGGCGUCGUGGAAGCAUAAUCUGUGGUGGGCUUAGCUUCAUUAUUGGAGCAACUUUAGAUGCUUCAGCCGUCAACCUUGCAAUGCUCAUCUUGGGUAGGAUCAUGCUUGGCGUUGGCAUAGGAUUCGGAAAUCAGGCGGUUCCUUUAUAUUUGUCUGAAAUGGCGCCAAGGCAUCUCCGAGGAGCCCUAAACAUGAUGUUUCAGUUAGCAACAACACUAGGCAUCUUCACAGCAAACAUGAUCAACUACGGAACAGAGAAGCUCAAUCCAUGGGGUUGGAGGCUCUCCCUAGGCCUGGCUGCAGCACCGGCUCUAGUAAUGACCAUUGGAGGAAUAUUUCUUCCAGAGACACCAAACAGCCUAAUUGAGCGUGGAUUGACAGAAAAGGGGAGGGAAAUUCUAGAAAAAAUUAGGGGGACCGAGAAUGUCCAAGCAGAGUUACAAGAUAUAGUUGACGCGAGCGAGUUAGCAAAUUCGAUUGAACAUCCCUUUAGAAACAUCCUUGAGAGGAGGAAUAGGUCUCAGUUGGUCAUGGCGAUUUUUAUGCCGACAUUUCAGAUCCUCACGGGGAUCAAUUCGAUCCUUUUUUAUGCACCAGUUUUGUUUCAGAGUUUGGGAUUUGGAGGGCAUGCUGCACUCUACUCUUCAGCGUUGACUGGAGCGGUUUUGGCUUCGUCCACGGUGGUGUCUAUUAUGACAGUUGAUAAGUGGGGUAGGAGAGCGUUGCUGAUUGGCGGAGGAAUUCAAAUGAUUAUAUGUCAGGUCAUAGUGGCCAUAAUCUUGGGACUCAAGUUCAGCAGUGACAAGGGACUCUCCAAAAGCUUCUCAAUCCUAGUGGUGGUGGUGAUCUGCCUCUUCGUGGCGGCUUUUGGGUGGUCAUGGGGCCCACUAGGAUGGACUGUGCCGAGUGAGAUAUUCCCACUUGAAACCAGAUCAGCAGGGCAGAGCAUCACAGUGGCUGUCAACCUCCUCUUCACCUUCGCCAUAGGCCAGUCUUUCCUCUCCCUUCUCUGUGCUUUCAAAUUCGGAAUUUUCCUGUUCUUCGCCGGUUGGAUCACUGUCAUGACCAUCUUUGUCUACAUAUUCUUGCCUGAAACAAAGGGAGUACCCAUUGAAGAGAUGAUAUUCGUGUGGAGAAAGCAUUGGUUUUGGAGAACAGUUGUACCUGAGAUUCCAGAGGGUGAUGAGAGUUAUGGUACAACAACAUUAAGAAACGAGUAAAACAGUUGGGAGUUAGUGAGCCCAUAGGCUAAGCUGCUUGUUUACAAAAUAUACUUUGAAAAACACCUAACGCUGUUUGGUUGGGAUUUGGGAAAGAAUUUUGAAAGGGAAAGAUUGAAAAGAAAAAGAGAAAAGGUAGGUGAAAUAAAAAUAAAAUAUACUUACAUUUCACUUAGUUUCACAUACCUUUUCUCUUUUCAUUUCCAAAUUUCUUCACAAAUCCUCCAAUUAAACACAGCAUGAAGGUACCGACACAAUGAACUACCAUAAAUAAUUAGUUUCACUUUUAUUUCCUCAACUGUUGUCAAUUUUUCUAUUUCAUCCCUUGUACUAUCAAUUUCAUGUAUUUAGAACUCAUUUGCGAAGUAA